GUUACCCGCGGGUAGCUUUGCUCGGCUUCAUUCACUGCGCUGGCCCCUGCAUACUUCCUUGCCAGAGGCGUAAUUGCCCAAACCACUCCUCCCAAAUUUUAGCAGAUAUUCCAACGUCUUCCGCGUUCUUGACCUUUUGCUCUGCAAUUUUUAGCGGGAAAAGAAGUAAUCUCACUCUGGGUUGGCUGAUUCCUCACUCUUCUUGAGAAUGGCUGCGUCCUCAGAUUGCUCUGUUUCUGACUUGUAUUGUCGCGAAGCAGAGGAAGACGACUCGGACGAGGUCACUGCCCAUUCCGCCAAUCGUACCCACUUCCCGCCGCCUACUUCUUCAGAUUCCCCCGCCGUUGAAGACCACAGCUUCCUAAUUAACUUGUUCGAUUCCGAACGCGAUCAUAUACUCUGUUCUGACGCGGUUCGGAAGCUUCGAGAGGAUACGGAUCUAGUCGCAGCACGCCGACAGGCCGUCCGCUGGAUGAUGAAUGUGUGUGCCAUUUACAAAUUUAUACCAGAAACAGCGUAUCUCUCUGUACAAUACAUGGACCGUUUCUUAUCUUCUCACUCUCUGCCGAGGGGGAAAGAAUGGCCCCUGCAAUUGCUAUCCGUUGCGUGCUUGGCUUUGGCGGCGAAAAUGGAGGAAGCAAGCGUUCCGCUCCUGUCAGACUUGCAGGUAAUCGAACCCAGAUUCGUAUUCACCCCCAAAACAAUUCAAAGAAUGGAGCUCCUAGUCAUGACAAAACUCAAGUGGCGAUUGCGCGUCGUAACGCCUUUCGAUUUCGUAAAUUACUUCAUCGACAAGUGCCCGAAGCCUCGUUCUGGUUCGCGGUUCGGUCACUUCAGUUCUAUUUUCUCGCGCACAUCUGAUCUUAUUCUAAAUUCAUGCCGAGUGAUAGAGUUCUUGGAUUAUGCUCCAUCGACAAUGGCAGCAGCUGCCGUGCUGUGGACGAUGGGUCAGAACAUCAAUCAUGAGGAGGGAAUGGGCUGCUUCUGCGAAAGAGUGAGCAGAGAAAAGAUAAAAAGAUGUCAUUGCCUUUUUAGACAGCAUUUGAUUGAGAAACGUCGUCCUUUGGAGCCGAACAAGCCACCACCACUGACUCUUGAUGCUGCUGCAAGUCCGGAGAGUCCAGUCGGAGUUCUUGAUGCAACCGCCGGGGAGAGCUGCAACACCCAGAAGUCCGGUUGCGAAGAAGCUGCCUGCUGCUGAAAGUUAACAUCUUUCAUAAGUGCUUCCAAAUGUGAUCAUGAAGAUUUUUUUUUUUUUUUUUUCGUUUUCAAAUCAAAUGGUAUGAGCCUCACCAUAAUACUAUGUGACAAUGAAAAAAAAAUUUUCAUUUGAUUAUAAUAUAUAAAAUUAUAAGGAUUAAUGUCA